GUCGCCCCCAGUGCUCGUGAAGUCCGACCGUCUUCAGACGUCUGAUGUCUUUCUCCGCGUGGACGCAACGUCACACGAGUGUACUUGAACUUGAAUCCUAUCCCAUUCCGCGGAGGCAACCCUCACCACCACACACACGCGCGCGCCGUCCUCCCGAACACAGCCCUUCGUCGCGCGACAAAGAAGAAGUAGCCCCCGUGCGUUUGGAAACAUUGGACCCACAUCCAGUCGGACGAGGAGGUUGGCGCUUGGCGUUCCGCUGCACAUCUGUUGUAUCUUCUCUUUCUCUUUAUAACAAGGGGGAGCCAAGAGUUGCCAUCCCGUCCGCGUGCCGUCUCAAGCCAACACGCGCAAGAGGAUUCGGAGCCCCAAAGGGGUCAGCACCUCGCACACCUGACCUGACCCGGGGAACGGACGGACUAUCGUGGUUUAUUCAUCCUUAAGCGGGGAAAACUUUAACGAUUUGAAGUGCAAGUGAAGAAAGAUACUCGAAGACUUAAAGAAUAAGGAGCGAGAAAGAGAGAGAGGGGCGAACCGCGCGCGCGAAGGACAGCGCUCCCGUACCGCCUCAGCUGUCACGAGCCGGUCGAUGCAGAGGUGUUCCUCUUUUUGGGGAGAGAAAAGCGACCGCGUCUCUCGGACGGUGGUCUGCGUUGGACACCUCGCGCUCGUGACCUCACGACCUGUCAGUGUCUGCUGACACUGCAACGAGAGACGAGUCUUAAUUCGGGGCUACAGGAUUGCGAGAGAGAAAGAGAAAAAAAAAAGUUUGCUCUACAGCGAUCCAGCUCGUAGCGACAUCACGGUGCAAGCCGACUCCAAGUGCCGUUCACCGGGCUAUGCGAGAGUAAAUGCCGGGGCAAUGUCCCGUCGCAAGCAGGUGAACCCGCAGCACUUAUCGUUGUCACAUCGGGAAACAAUAGAAUCAGCAGCAGAAACCAAUCAUGAGUCGAGGGCUGGAUCUCCGCCUCCAGAGUCGGCCACUCCCAGCCCACGGAGGGCGGGACCCGGGGAGCAUGACCUGCUGACGUGCGGCCAGUGCCAGACCAACUUCCCUCUGGGGGACAUCCUGGUCUUCAUCGAGCACAAGAGGCGCUUGUGCCGGGGGGCCGGCAUCGGUCCAAGGUCCUUCUCCAAACCCGGGGAGAACGGCGGGCCCCUCUCGGCCAGGGCCAGGUCCUUGGACCUCGGCAGGGGGCCCGUACCGGUGGAGGUUGGCAUCCAGACCACCCCGGGAGGGGAGGGGAACGAGGAGAGGAGGCUGACUCCGGCCAAGGGAAUCUGCCCCAAGCAGGAGAGAGGAGACAAAGACGAGCCGUCCAGCUACACCUGCACGUCCUGCAAGCAGAGCUUCAGCAGCGCCUGGUUCCUGCUGCAGCACGCCCAGCACACCCAUGGCAUCCGCAUCUACCUGGACAACCACCCCCUCAACUGCACCCUCACGCCCCGCAUGGCCCUGCCCCCGCCGCCCGGCGUGGAGGGCCUGCCCCGCUCCCCCAUGCCCACCUUCCUGGGCGACGCCAACAACCCCUUCCACCUGCUGCGCAUGGCCGCGCCCUUGCUCCGGGACCACCCCCCGCAGCACCACCACCAGCACCACCACCACCACCCGGGGGCGUACCUGGAGACCCGGCUGCCGGCCACGCCCCCCUUCGUCAGCCCGCCGCCGCCGCCCCGCCACCCGCUGGAGCGCCUGGGGCCCGAGGAGAUGGGCCUGCUGUCCCAGCACCCCAGCGCCUUCGAGCGGGUGAUGCGCAUGACCCCCAUGGAGCCCCCCUCCAUGGACUUCUCCCGCCGGCUGCGGGAGCUGGCGGGCAACACGGCCAACAACGGGGGCCCCACGCCGCCGCUGUCGCCCAACCGCGUGCCGCCCAUGCACCGCCUGCUCAGCCCCACGCUCUUCCAGCCGGGCUCCAAGCCGCCGGCCUUCCUGUCCUACCCUCCGCCGCCGCAGCCCCUACCGCCCCCGCCGUCCCAGGGCGGCAACGGCGGCGGCGUCGGCGGCGGUGUCGGCGGCGGCGGCGGCGGCGGGGGCGGGGGGCCCGGCUCGGCCAGCCCCCCCGACGCCCAGGGCCAGGGCCAGGGGAAGGCCAAGUCCUGUGAGUUCUGCGGGAAGACCUUCAAGUUCCAGAGCAACCUGAUCGUCCACCGCCGCAGCCACACGGGCGAGCGGCCGUACAAGUGCCACCUGUGCGACCACGCCUGCUCCCAGGCCAGCAAGCUCAAGAGGCACAUGAAGACCCACAUGCACAACAAGUCGGGCUCCAUGGGCAGCUCCCCGGAGAGGGGCCUCCGGGGCGAGGGCGGGGCCGAGAGCGACGACAAGAGCCGGGAGGGCGACGCCCGGGGCAUGGACAACGAGGAGGAGGAGGAAGAGGAGGAGGAGGAGGAGGAGGAGGAAGAGGAGGAGGAGGAGGAGCAGCUGCGCAACGGCCACCAACGCCCCGACUCCAACCAGAGCGAGGACUCGCAGGAGUUCGGUCCCAAGGAGGAGAACGGCGGCGGCGACGGCGGCGGCGGCGGUGGCGGUGCGCGGCGGCAGGAGGAGAAGCCUCGCGGCGGCGAGGACCGGGUCGGCGGCGGCGGCGGCGGCGGCGGCGUUGGCGGCGGCGAUGGCGGCGGCUCGCACCCCUACACCCACGGCCACCACCUGGACAAUCACCUGAGGCUCAACCCCGUGAAGAGGAUUCUGGAGCGCGUGCCUAACGGGGACGCCAGUGGCGAGCGUGGCAGCGGCGGCGGCGGCGGCCCCGAUCGGGAGAGAGAGCGGGAGCGGGAGAGGGGGAGGGACGUGGUGGCGGCCGGGCGGGAGCACCAGGAGCGGGAGCUGGAGCGGGAGCGGGAAAGGGCGAGGGAGAGGGUGCGGGACGAGUUGCGGAGCCAGCGGACGCCCAUGAUGAACGGACGCCUCAGCGUCUCCGAGGCUGACGCCUUCUCCGGCCUGUUCCAGCGCCGGCCCACGCCCAUCACCAGCAUCAGCCCCUCCAACAACAACAACAACAACGGCAACAACAACAACAACAACAACAACAACAAGAGGAUCAAGAUCGAGAAGGAGCAGCUGGAGCUCCCGCCGGGCGUGCCCCUCAUCUCCCCGGAGAACGUGUACUCCCAGCUGCUGGCCGGCUACGCCGCGUCCCGCCACUUCAUCCGCGAGCCCUUCCUGGGCUUCAGCGACGCGCGCCAGUCGCCCUUCGCCACGUCCUCCGAACACUCGUCCUCGGAGACGGGAAGCCUGCGCUACUCCACCCCCCCCGGGGAGAUGAUGGAGGGGGGCUGCGGCGCGUCGGGACGCAGCGGCAGCAGCACCCCGCACCUCCACCUGAGGGGCCCGGGGCCCGGCCGGCCCCCCAGCUCCAAGGAGAGCCGGCGGAGCGACACGUGCGAGUACUGCGGCAAGGUGUUCAAGAACUGCAGCAACCUGACGGUGCACCGGCGCAGCCACACGGGCGAGCGGCCCUACAAGUGUGACCUGUGCAGCUACGCGUGCGCCCAGAGCUCCAAGCUGACGCGCCACAUGAAGACCCACGGGCAGUUCGGCAAGGAGGUGUACCGCUGCGACAUCUGCCACAUGCCCUUCAGCGUGUACAGCACGCUGGAGAAGCACAUGAAGAAGUGGCACGGGGAGCACCUGAUGUCCAGCGAGGUGAAGCUGGAGCAGGCGGACAGAGGCUAGGGUGACGCCGACAGUGCGAGCGCCUGCCGCGCGCGAACACACAAUGAUUACGCACACACACACACAAACACACACACACACACACACACACACACACACACACACACACACACACACACACACACACAGGCAGACAGGCGCUGUACAAACACAGACACACACACACACAUGCUCGAAGACUUGACAUGCCGAUUACCACUUCUUUCACUAUGGGUCUUGGAUGGGAGACUGGAUGAACUCUAUGUCUAUGUCUCUCUCUCUCUCUCUCUCUCUCUCUCUCUCUCUCUCUCUCUCUCUCUCUGUCCAAUACUUUUCAGACUGAUUGAUGUUUUGUCUUUUUCGUGUCACAGAAAGAAAAAAGAAACCCUGCCACCUGAGAAAUAUUAACGGAGGGAAACUUUAAAGGAUACGAUUUCACCAACGCCCGGUUCUGGUGAAUUUUCUUGGCGGACUUUCUGAGAAUUAUAUCAGUUAGGAAUUCAUGGAGCCUUUCUACUGUGCAAUAAUUUCUGUAUUUAUUGGAUUUUUGUAAUGAUAUUUGGCAUGUGCAGGUACAUCUUCGUGGGAUUUCAUAUGGAGUUAGUUUUGAAAAAUGUGCUUAAGAAAAAGUGUUUUUCUAAAACUGAGAAAUGACUGGAAGUAAGUCACCCCUUAAUGCGUUUUUUUUUCUUUUCUUUCCUGUAAGGAAAACGUAUUAUCCUGUAAAACUUUAAAACAAAAAAACAAAAAUUGUGUGAAGCGAUUAGCUUCUAAAAGUACAAAUAGUCGUUGUUUUCUAUAUAACUUGCAGCAAGCGGACUACAAUCCAUUCCCUCAUACAUGCCUAAAGCACUGAAUGUCAGUACGACAAUAAAAAGGUGAAAACAUUGUGCUGGAUUUUGAAAAUCAAACGUGUACACGGCAAAGCUUAUCUGGAAUUCAUUCAGGAGAAUUCCGCCCUUUUUGAAUAUCGGCAUGUGAAUAAUAUAAAGCAAAUGCAGAAACUGUAUUGCAGUCCUGUCUAUGCGUAUUUAAGUCAGGACAUUAAUAAAAUGUUGCACUUAAUGGAGACACCCUCAACCGAUGCUCAGAACAUUCCCGAUGUAGGAUUGAACCACCGUAUUUAAGAUAUGAAAUAAGUUAAAGCUAUGUGUGAUAAAUGGGAGAAGGAAAGUGGUCCGGUUUAUGGUUUGUAAAUAUAUUCUUUUUUUUUUUAUUCUUUUAUUUUACGUUCCUAGCCCCGAUUGUACGCGAACGAUGGCCUGAAAGUUAAAACAAUCAGACAGCCUGCUUGUGCCAUCCGAAGUGAAUGCUGAGUGUAACUUCCAUUCAUCGCGUUUUUGCCAGACAUUUUUGCUCCCCCCCCCCGCCCCCACACACACCAAUUCACCCAGAGUGGAGUUAUAGGGAAAUUACUUAAGAAAACAUCAAACUUUAAAUUAUUCCAUCUCAUGUGUUAUGGAAAGUCUCUCUGCCCCAUGUCGACUCUCUUUGUCCCUGUAGUAUUUGCAAAGCGUUUUUUAAAUGAAAUUUCCACCACCAAUGUAUGUAUAUAUGUAUGCGUGUAUGUGUAUGUGUGUGUGUGUGUGUGUGUGUGUGUGUGCGUGCGUGCGUGCGUGUGAGUGUGUUUCUCUUUCUCUCCAGCACCGUAUUUUCACAGUUCACCAGCUCUGAUUCAUGUAUUACGCUGGUUUCUACAGGGGGAAGCCUGUUCAUUCCCCGCAACAAAUUGAUACGACCAAUGCUCUCAAUAACAGAAAAACGUGGCGUGCAUGCGCGCUUUCGUGACUUUUAGGGAUUACAGCUUUUAUUUUCUGCCUGGUUCGUCCUGAAAUGAGUCUUGUGGCGGAAUGAAAAAAAAGAAUAGGGGGCUAUUUGAGUUAUGAUAAUGAUGUCCAUCGCUGGUGCUCAUUCUGUACGCCCCCAGAGGGGGUUGGAUAGGGAUGUCUGUGUGCGUGUGUGUGUGUAUGUGUGUGUGUGUGUGUGUGUGUGUGUGUGUGUGUGUGUGUGUGUGUGUGUGUGUGUGUGUGUGUGUGUGUGUGUGUGUGUGUGUGUGUGUGCCUGUGUGUGUGUGCGCGUGUGGGUGUUGUUGAGGUGGAGGAGGAGGAGGAGGAGGAGGAGAUGGGGGGCAAGGGACCACCAUGUGUAUCAAGAAAAAAGGGAAGACAGAUUGAAAUUGAGAAAUGAAGGAGAGGGGAAUGAAAUGGGGAGGGAGAGAGCAGGACCUUGAGCAGGGAUGAGAGUCAUUCAAAUCAAAUUGGAAGCAUAUGAGCGGUUUGUUUUUACCCAAAUGCACGUCUCCAUCAAGAGUAAGAACGAGUGAGGGAGAGAGAGAGAGAGAGAGAGAGAGAGAGAGAGAGAGAGAGAGAGAGAGAGGAGAGAUGAAUUGAUGGCCCAUAAAAGCAGAUUGUCGUUGCAUCCUUGGUUUUAUAUCAGCCCUAUUUGCUGUCAUCAGAGUUGAUCCUUCCUUCGUUUGGCCUUUCGCGGCGCGGUUUCCCAGCUUGUCUCCUCUAUUCGGCUUGGAUUGGAAAGGAUUAUGCUUUAAAUAUCUUUAUUCUACUUUCAUUGAGAUGGUUUUUGAUCGUUUAUUUCCCUUAACCCUUAAAUAACACGUUCUGGGUGAUAUCACUGAUCUAUAAAGUAGAUAUCACCGAAAUUGUAAUUGUGAGAAGAGCUACCAUAUUGUAUGUUUACAUUUGAUUCAUAAGAUGUUUUUAUUUGAGUUUUUUGGUCAAAGGACAUUGCCAUAUUUGCUGGAGGAGGUUUUUAAAGCUAGGGUCAGGGUGAGUCAUAUUAACAUGAAAAUAUCACAUUCAGAGAAUGUGAAUGUGAAUCUAUGACAUGAGAGUCAAUUCAUACAUGGACAUUCAGUCUUACAAUAUGUUUACAGUGUUGAAGUAUGUCAUUGAUAAAACACUCUGAAUAAGAGUUUCAAAAUAACAAGAAAGUAUUGUUUUUGUUUUCCAAAGCUCUCAUUUUUAAUGGGGUUUGAAUGCCAUAUCUGUUUUGCAUUACUAGGUCGGUGGAGGGAUUCUGUCGUUAAAACAUUUUUGUAUAAUUUCUUGCUUACUGUAUUGGAAUACAAAAUGUUUAAGUACUUUCUGGCGUCAUGUCAGACUUUUGUUCUAACAAAGGUGGUGUCACUUUAUCUGCCAUUAUUUCACAGUAUGCAUUUUCUUUCUUUUCAUUCCUCUUUUUCGUAAAUGUGUCUUAUUGCAGGGUUUGGUAAAGCUACCCUACCAUGGGUGUAAAAUGACCGGAUGAGAGAAAGUAGGACUGGGAAUGUGUCGUUACAUAGUAGAAACAUUUAUCGGCAGGUUAUGCAAUGGUUUGUGGUAGGAAUACUUUUGUGAAUCAAUUUUAGGAGAUAUUCAUGGUUAUGUUUUUUUGUUUAAGAUUUUAUUUUUAUUUUUGGCUCUUUUUUCCUUUCGUUCUGGUUGGUUAAAGGUCUUGUGAUGGCACUCCUGGUGGGUUUUUUAAAUUGUAAUUUAAAAAAAUACAUUUUCAUCACUUUUUCGCUUCAUCUUUCACGUUCACUCUUUGUAAAAAAAAAUCGUGUUCUUUUUGGGGAGUGCAUCAUUGUGAAAAAAAGUGAUUUCAGAACAGUAAACAUCUACUGUUUUGAAUAUAUAUGUAUUUUUGUAAUGUGUUGAAAAGAUCGAUAUGACAAAGACAACACUUCAAUAAAUGUUGCAAUUGCUCUACGAUCCAA